CCCCCGUAGCCCUUUUUUGACUGUUUUGUCUCUUCUUUCUCUCUCCUCUGUCUUCUCCUUUUCUCUCUCUUUCUUUCUACUGAAACUUCAAUAGAUCAUGUGAACCAGCCCCCAACCAGCUACCUUCCUUCUUUCUCUCUCCUCCAUUCUUUCCAACACAGAAGAACAGUAGCUUUUAUUUUAUUUUAUUUUUAUUUUUCUUCAAAAUUUGAGUUUCUGGAGAAAUACUGAAAAUGAAGUCAUCGUUUGGGAAGUUGAAGAGAUUCGCAUUCCAGAAACAUGAUGGUAAAGAGAGGAAAGAGUUUCAACCUCCUCCUAAACUCGAUCAUCUUGCUCUUGCUUCUCAGGAGAUGCAAGAUAUGAGGAAUUGUUAUGAUAGUUUGCUUUCAGUUGCUGCUGCUACUGCAAAUGCUGCUUAUGAAUUCUCCGAGUCUCUGCACGAAAUGAGUGGCUGUCUACAGGAGAAAGCAGAACUGUACAAGGAUGAUGAGAGUAAAAAGAUCUUCAUGAUGCUGGGAAAGGUUCAAUUUGAACUUCAUAAACUUGUCGACUUUUAUCGCUCCCAUAUAUUCCUGACAAUUACAAAGCCAUCAGACUCUCUUCUUGUUGAACUUCAUACUGUGCAGGAGAUGAAAGAGCAGUGUGAUGAGAAGAGAAGCGUAUACGAAUAUAUGAUGGACCAGCAUAGGGAAAAAGGGCGGUCGAAAAGUGGAAAAGGAGAAGGUUUUUCUUUGGAGCAGUUGCAACAAGCUCACAAUGAAUAUGAAGAGGAGGCGACGCUAUGCCUUUUCCGGUUAAAGUCUUUAAAACAAGGACAGUCUCGGAGUCUCUUGACACAAGCAGCUCGUCAUCAUACAGCUCAGUUGAAUUUCUUCAGAAAGGGACUAAAGUCACUUGAGGCAGUUGACCCACAUGUGAAGCUUAUUACAGAAAAGCAACAUAUAGAUUAUCAGCUUAGUGGGCUUGAUGAGGGUGGUGAUGGGGAGGACGAGGGAGAAAACAGCUAUAAUUCUAAAGAAAAUGGGGAAUUAAGCUUUGACCAUCGGCAACAUAAGGUAGGAACUGAAGCUGCUGCAACAUCAAGGAACUCAAUGGAGUUGGACCAGGAAGACCAAUAUUUUCCCAAAGCUUCAACCGUGGACAGUACAGAGUUCAGUUUGGAGAAAGUCCAUGGUGAUUCGCAGAUGCUAGAAAGUGAACCGAGGAUAAGCAGCUACAGUCACUCUGCACCUAUUAUUCCGGAGAAAAAGUUUGAUCCAGCUGAGAGAGCGAGGCGCAUGCGUCCAUCCCUAACACAAAAGUUUCACACUUAUGUAUUGCCUACACCUUCUGAUGCAAAGAGUUCCAGUUCUUCAAGAACAAGUUCAGCUCCGCGUACAAGGCCGGCAAGCAUCAAUGCACACAAUAUUUGGCAUUCAUCUCCUUUGGAUACACCAAUAAACAAGAGAGAUUCAAAAGACAAUAACCAAUCAACAUCUUUCUGUAAAGCACCCUCGUUAAAUGAUGGUAGGGAUUCUAGCCAAGACAACCAAGCCACCACACUUCUGCCCCCUUCUUCGGCUGAUGGGCAUUCAUUUCAACAGAGUGACUCAGUUGAUGCAUCUGAUCAUAAAAAACUAAAAAGACAAUCUUUCUCCGGUCCUUUAACCAGUAAUUCUCGUUCUGCGAAACCUGGUUUCUCUGCAAGUGGCCCCAUUAUUUCAUCAAAGCUUCCCCCCCUGCGUGCCUCUGGCCCCAUGCUACCUCAGCCUUCAUCUCCAAAGACAUCCUCUCGUCAUUCUCCUCCAUCCGUAUCACCGCCCAAGAUAAGUGAGCUGCAUGAACUUCCUAGGCCUCCAGGUAUUGUAUCCAGCAAACCUACAACAUCCUCCGCUUCAAGUGGUCUUUCAGGUCCAUUAGGCUCGAAGAACUCAGACUUUCCUGUAGAAAAUAAAAGCAUCUCUACUGCCUCCAAUACAGCAUCUCCCUUGCCAAUUCCCCCAUUGACUGUUCCAAGAAGUUUCUCCAUACCUUCUAGCCACUAUAGAGCGAAGGCAUUAAAUGUGACAAAGCUUCUGGAGUCUCCCCAACUUCAUGAAAAGGACAUUUCUUCUCCUCCGCUGACGCCCAUGUCUUUUGCUAAUGCAAAUGCAGUUUUAGCAUCUCCUAGAGCUGGGAAUCAGUCUAGUGGAACAUAAAGGUGAAAGAAAUUUUACGAAGUUUGGUGUGCAUGACAAAAGGUACUAAUUUCUCUGCCUCUUGUGAUGGGCGCGGCUUUGUUGUAAAUACUGUUAGGUUCCCCGUCUUGUGUAGGCACAUAAAUUGCAAUUUUGUUUCUCAGCUGUAGCCUCUGGAAAUUCCCGUCUGUGGCAAUUGUAUGUAAUAGUUGUAACUUGUAACAUUUAGCCGUUUCUUUUUAAGUCAAUAAUAUUUUCUUUUCCUUGA